AGCCGAGGCGCUGCGGGUGGCGAGCUGUGCCCGGCUCUCGCGGGUCUGUCUGCUCCGGGUGGCCCCUGCUUGCCGGGCCGAGAACACGCGGCUGCCCGGGGCUCGAGGAGUGAUGGAACCUGGAAAGAGACGAACCAAAGAUGAUACUUGGAAAGCGGAUGACCUCAGAAGGUACCUUAAGGCUGUACAAUCAGGUAGUCCCAAGGAAGAUAAGAAACUCCGAGAAAAGAAACUGCACAAGGAGUCAGAACUGGGCCCUCUGGAAUACAGAGAACACAAGAGCAGGGACAUAGACCGAGAAGCCCGACACAGGGAGAGGACUGCUGAGAGAGACCUUCACACAUCCACAGAGCACCCUCGAGGAGAGAGAGAGUGGGAGAAACACAAAGAAAGGAAGAAAGAUGCGAAAGACAGGGAGAAAGACAAGUUAAAAGAGAGACAUCGAGAACAAGAUGCAGAAAAGGCUCAGAGUCGAGGCAAGGACAAAGAGAGAGAGAAAGACAGAAGGGCCAGGAAAGAAGACCUCAGGCAGACCAUUGCCUACUAUGACCUCCUGGGUCGUGAGGUGCAUGGCCGGCAGCUGCUAGAGAGAGUGGAGAAGAAGGUCCAUGCAGUAAGUAAAGUACGAAUUGAAGGGAAAGAAAGGAGAAACGAUGAUUUGGAAAGAGGAGAUGACGACAGAGAAAGAAGAUACCGAGAAAGAAAGCUGCAGUAUGGAGGUGGUAAAGACAAUCCUCUCAACUACUGGCUUUAUAAAGAAGAAGGUGAAAGAAAACACAGGCGGACAAGAGACACGGAUCGAGAGAAGAAACACCGAGAGAAAAGUAGCACAAGGGGGAGAGGAGAGAAGCACUCGAAGGAGAAGGGGAGCUCGCUCUCCAACAGGGAAGGUGAAGACAGACACAGAGAGCGGCGCAAGGAAGGCUUGCAUCGUGAGGAGAGGCGCCCGAGUCACACAGAUGGAAAAGAGAGACCUUCAAAAGAAGAGCACAAGAGACGGGAGUCCAAGGAAGCGGAAAAGGAAGACACUGAUUUAGAGGCUGCUGGAGCUGAUGAGUAUCUGCCCGGUUUUGAAGAUGAUUUUGAAGACUAUGAAGAUGACUUUGAGGUUUGUGACGGAGAUGAUGACAGCAAUAAUGAGCUGGACUCUCAAGAAAAAGCUGAAGAACUUCCUCUAGCCCAGAAAAGGGAGAUACAAGAAAUUCAGAAGGCCAUCAAUGCCGAAAAUGAAAGGGUUGGCGAGUUAUCUUUGAAACUGUUUCAGAAACAAGGUGGAAUUGAAUAUGAGAAAGAACCCCAGGCAGAUGCAAAUGAUUCCCCUUCCAGAGCUCCUGUUUGUGGAAUUUUUGUGGAUUUUGCAACAGCCUCACACCGUCAGAAGAGUCGAAGUCAGGCCCUUAAACAAAAGACUCGAAGAACAAAACUACUCCGGCUGAUUGACUUAGACUUUUCAUUCACUUUUUCUCUCUUGGAUCUUCCACCUGUAAAUGAAUAUGACAUGUAUAUCAGAAACUUUGGGAAAAAAAACACCAAGCAGGCAUAUGUCCAGUAUAAUGAAGAUAAUGUUGAGAGAGACAUUCAGACUGAAGAUAUAGAAACCAGGGAAGUGUGGACCCAGCACCCAGGGGAAGGUGCUGUUGUGUCUGGAGGCAGUGAAGAAGACCUCGCUGAGGCCACAGUUGUACCAAAGAUUGACACUCCCCGGUUGUCUAACUUUCUCCGGGCAGCAUGCCAGGUGGUGGCUGUUUUGCUUGAAGAGGACCAUUUGGCAGCUGGACCCGGCUGGAAUCCCCGGGCUCAAGACAAAGCUCUGAACAUCAGUGAUAGCUCCUCUCAGCUGAACACAAGCCUGCCAUUCCUUCAGGGUCGGAAAGUAACCUGUCUGCAUGCCUCUCCAGUUCAGAGGCAGACGGUGGUCUCUGUUCAUGACUUACCUGAAAAGACAUUUGCCCCAUCACUGGAUAGCAGGAACCUCCUCUGUGUGUGGGAUAUUUGGCAACCUUCAGGGCCCCAGAAGGUUCUGAUAUGUGAGUCAAAGGUCAUGUGUUGCUGCUUUAGCCCUUUCAAAGCAUUUUUGCUGUUUUCGGGUACAGUGCAUGGUUCUGUGGUUGUAUGGGACUUACGAGAAGACUCCAGGAUACACCAUUAUGUGAGACUUAGCGAUUGUCUCUGGGCCUUCAGGACCCCAACAUUUUCUACUGAUGGAAUCCUUACAUCAGUGAACCACCGAAGUCCUCUUCAAGCCAUAGAGCCUGUCUCCACGUCUGCCUACAAAAAGCAGAGCUUUGUGCUUUCACCCUUUUCUACUCAAGAAGAAAUGGCAGGCCUGUCAUUCCACAUCGCCUCCCUGGAUGAGAGUGGGGUUCUCAAUAUGUGGGUGGUUGUUGAAUUACCAAAGGCAGAUAUCUCAGGUUCAAUGAGUGAUUUAGGUCUGAUACCUGGAGGGAGGAUCAAGUUGGUGCACAGUGCUGUGAUCAAGUUGUGUGACAGUCUUUCCCGUAGAGAUAGUGAUUUCUGGGGGUCUGUGCAAACACUGAGUGUCAAAUUUCUGCCUUCAGAUCCGAGUCACUUUGUGGUUGGCACUGACAUGGGAUUUAUAAGCCAUGGCACGAGACAAGAUUGGAGAGUAUCUCCCAAGGUGUUCAAACCUCAGCAGCAUAGUGCCAGACCAAUAAAAGUUACUGUGAUUGAUUUUUCACCAUUUGAAGAUACAGUGUUCUUGGCUGGCUGCUCAGAUGGAAGCAUCAGGCUACACCAGCUGACCUCAGAGAGGCCUGUCAUGCAGUGGGAAAGCAGCACCCAGGGCCAUGCCGUCACUGGUCUGCAGUGGUCCCCGACGAGGCCUGCCGUGUUCUUGGUCCAGGACGAUGCAUCCAGGGUCUAUGUCUGGGACCUCCUUGAGAAUGACCUGGGCCCUGUGGCCCAGCAGCUCAUCUCUCCAGACAAGCUGGUGGCCAUGACGAUCACGGGGGACCCUGAGAAAGCCAGUGGCAGCUUUGUGGCCCUGGUGCUGGCCAGGGCUUCUGGUGCUAUUGACAUCCAGUACCUGAAGAGGCGGUGGACCACACCAGAGACAGAUGAGCACAAACGACUGUGUCUGGUUCUGCAGAAAUGAAGAGCAGCUGUCUAGAGGACAGUGGGGAUAUAACUCCCCAAUUUUACAAGAUGGAUCCCAGACUCUGUGUUCAUGUGCAUUUAUGUACAUAGAAUAUGUAUAUUCUGUAUGUACUGUGUUUUACAAGAGUGAUACUUUGGUAUUCCCGAUAAAUAAAUCACUAUUUUUGAAUAGAAGCAGUGAACAUUUUAGUGUAUGUUAAACCUCAAAGAAAAUACUGAGUCACGUCCAGAAUGCUCUUUUCUGAGAGUAUUUCUAGUUAUUUUUGGAACAGUUUUUAAAGUGUCACAUUUAUUCCUACAUUUUAAACAGUUCACCAUGAAAGUGUACUUUAAUGGACUAUUUUCUUAGUCGUGCAUGAAAUUAUGUGCGUAACAUGUCUGAAGUAAAACAAGUUGCUCCACUUUUGACAUUACCUCCAUCUGCUGUCUGUUUUUCAGUCUUUUUGAGCUCCAUCUUUUUGGUGUGAUUUGAA